AUGAUUUUAGAAAGUUAUAGAGAAUCUAAAAAAAAUAUAGCUGAAGAAGAUGGAUAAUUAAGUGAUCAUGAAUCACAUAAAUCUACUCCUCAUAGUCCUGCUAGUGGAUAAACUAAAUAGUCAGUUUAAAGAACAGCUACUAAAAUAGAAGAACAUUCUUAAAUCCCAAAGGAUGCUUUUCAAAAAUAAAAAAGUACAUUCAGAACUCUUUUUGAAAAUACUGAGGAUUAAUAAAAUAGUGAAGUUCUUUAAAAUGAUUCAAGUGUUAGUCCAGCUAAAAGUGAAAAAUUUAGAUCUAUUUUAAACAAAAUCUCUAAUAAUCAAUCCAAAACUUAAUAGUAUCUAUUUAUUUUAUAUUUAGAUUUUAUUAAUAGAUGAUAUAAUCAAGUUAAAAAUUUGUUUUAGAAACUCCAGAUAUUAAAAAAUAUGAAUUACAAGGAGUUUAAUGUUUAUAAUAUCUUCAAGAUACUGAAACAUGUAAAAAAGCUAUUUUAUCUAAUAAAUAAUCUUAAUUAAUAGAUUCUGUUCAAUAAAUGAAUUUGUGUGACGAUUAAUAAGAUCCAAGUGAAUUUGAAAAUGAUGAAGAUAAAGAAGUCUAAUAAAUGUUUAGUUCUAAAGAAAUGAAAAAUUUUAGUGAUCAAAAAUAAAUGACAUAUCCAAGUGAAUCAAGUCAAAAUAAUAGUCAUCUAGAAAUACGAAAAGAUUAAUAUCAAAAAACACUGUUUUGUUCCCCCCAAUUUAAAGAUUAAGAUAUAUUGAAUGUAUCAGAAAGCAGUAGUGAUUCUAAUUGA